AUGAAAGGUAACAACAUAUUACCUAAAGAGCUAAACACUGGAGGAGGGAAAAAUCGAUAUAAGUACAAACCUUUCAAUGCUCUCGUUGAAAGUCUGAAAAUAGAUGUUUCCUACCGAUCAGAUAAAAAUCAGGAAGAACCCGAGGGUUUCGGCUCUUUUUUUCAUGAUUCAUUAGAAUCAUGGAAGGAAUUCAAUCUAUCAACACACUUUGCGAUUUUCGUUCGUGAAGUCUCCCAAUAUUGUCAGUCAUUACCACAAAUAUUGUAUCAUAAAGAAGAUAUAGUUCGGAUACUAGAGGAUCACCUCAAAGUUAAGAAUAGCCUUGCAUUGGAACCAUUAUUAGACCUGGUCACAAAGUUGGCAAGAGACCUAGAAAUUGAAUUCUAUCCAUAUUUCGAGCGGAUAAUUUCAGUGAUAAUACCUUUGGCCAAACGUCAAGAUGUGAAGACAUUGGAGUGCACAUUUAAUUGCAUUGCCUACUUAUUUAAAUACCUGUUCAAUCAAAUAAUAGCGGAUCUCAACCGUACUUACGGCUUGAUAGCUCCUUUGCUGGGAGAGGAUUCUCAAAAGCCUUAUAUAAGACGCUUUGCAGCCGAAGCUUUUGCAUUUCUUCUUCGAAAUACUCGCGGAGAAAAACUUACCGAUAUAAUAAAUCACAUAUUUGAUUUGUUCAAUGAAUAUCCGACUGAUGCCUACCGUGAUGGAUUGAAUAUGUUGUUCUAUGAGGCUGCACAGGAUACUGACAACAAUCUUCAUGAUGGCGCGUUAAAUUUAAUGCGAGAGUUACUAAACAAGUCAUAUAGAGAUUCAUUGACUUGUAGCAAUAUCGAAUCCAUCUAUAGUUAUCGUAUAACAACAUCAACCACCAUUGCGCUCGUUCAUCACGUUAAAUCUGAGAACUUUAGUCUUUUGUGGAAUUUUUAUCUGGAUGAAUUAGAAAAUCUGCAGAAUAUUUUGUUGGACAAAACCGAUUUCGCAAAUAUCUCCCAAGAAUCUCUUACAAAAAUAGGGAUCAUGCUAUCUCUAGUGUAUAUAUGCCUUACAGUGCGGAAAGGUAGUCGUAUAAAAGGGAACUUCAAGCGUAUUUUCAAUAUUAUGAGAAAUAUUACCCAAUAUGCACUUAUCAAAACCCUCUCAUAUGGAUAUCUGUUCUUCCAGCGUCAGUACUUUAAAACUUGUGUGUCAUUAAUAACAUUGACAGGAAUGAAUGGGUUUCUAGCAGGCGGAAAAUACAUACUGGAUAAAAUCUUUGAUCAUGAUGACACUGAUUGCGUGUUAGCAUUUGCACAUAAUGUUGCAAAUUUACGAUGGGAACAUUAUGAAAAAAUAAUGCUUCCUUAUAUUGUGAAAUAUUCGUCAACUCACUGGGAAGAAAAUCCAAAAAAGAUUACAUUAUUUCUUGCUAACCUAUUAUCCACAAAAAAUUUGUCAAUUCCUCCGGGUACAAUUUCAUCAUUCAUCACGAAAAGCGGGCUGAUAAAAUUUCCGAACGCAAAAUCGAAAUAUCAAAAUAUUACGGAUGGAUUACUACGUAUUCUGAACCAAAACUGUGAUUGGGCUUCCGAAAUUAAUAUUCUAAAUCAGGUUGACUUGGAAGCAGCGGAUAUGCAACCUCCCCAUCUGACUCUGGUUUCGGCAGCCCUUACCGUGAUUUCGCGUGUUUUCAUCCCAUUUUCGGAAGUUUUCAACUCUUUGUCGACAUGCAUAAAAUCAUUAGCAGAAUUUUUGAAGUCCGCCAAUUCUACAACACUGUUGGCAUUUUCUAAUGGGCCUUUCACUCAUAGUUCUCCACACGUCUUAAUGCAAAAUUUACUUGGUCAGGCCAUUGAUAGUUUGGCAAGUAUAUGCCAACUCAAUUCUGAAACCGAUGAUAUGGAAAAACUAGUCAAACUAUGGGAUCUCAUUAUCGAUGAAAUUCUAUUAGCAUAUGGUACCAAUCAUGUGGUAUUAAGAGGUGUCGCUGGAUAUUUGGACCUCUUACGAUCUAGUAAGAAGAAUGAUUAUCUAUUUAACACGAAAAAUUUUGAGAAGAUAUAUCCUCAUUUGAAAUGCAACCUAAGCUCUUUUAUACACCAGCGAAGACUUCACUCGCUGAAAAUUCUUUCGAUUUUUGAUCAAUUUCCGCUUAUUACCUCAGAGUCGUCUCAAAUUGAUCAAGAGUUUUGCGACAUAUUUUCUAUAGGAUUACAGUUUGAGGAAAUAGAAACUGCCAUGAAUACUUCCCGUAACAAAACGAUUUUACUUCGUAAGCUAAGUUCAUUGAUAUCCACAAAAAGGGUACCCGAAUUUUAUUCCGAAGUUGCGCCUUUACACUGCUUUGGCGUUUUGACCAUUAACUUCAGCGAUUUAUGGUCCGACGCGAUUCAAGUUCUUGUCAAAUUCGCUGAACUCAAUCCAAAAAAGUUCUGGAUCCUUAUUUAUAACGAAUUUACAAGAUUUAAUGAUGGUACUAAGCUCGAGCAAACCGGACUUUCCGAAACGGCCAUUCAAUUUUAUUUCAAGGAGGAUCAACUUUUCUCAAAAUCUGUAUUCAGAACCGGUGGCAUAUCCUUUGAAUGUCCGAAUCUACUAAAAUACAAUAAGGCAAAUGAAGAAUCACAAAAUCUCAUUUUUGAUAAAUUUGUUAAUGGUUGUAUUCGCCAUUAUAUUUCAUGCUGUUUUCCGGAUAACAACAGAUUUGAUCCUUUGAAUUAUUACGGCCUUCUUAUAAAGACACUCAUUGAAGUUCCUCAUAUUGCAGAACGACACUCUCAGCAAUUAGUGCCUCUAUUCCUUCAAUUUACUAACAGCAAAUAUAAUCCAGUGAACGACGAUAAUAUGAUGGAUAUAGAUAGUUCAGGUCGAAAUGACAAUGUUCAGGUGAUGGAUGUAGAUGAUGAAGCUAAAGAUCAUGUCUCGACCCCCGCGCAAUCAUCAAAAGGUUCUAAACCUAAUAUGGUAUUGUUCUUGAAACUUUUUGCAAAGUUCAAGAAUCCACGCGCUUUGCACAAGUCUGCCGAGCUCAAAGAUAUCUAUUUGCGCUUCUUGACUAAAGGAGAUAUUAAGAUGCAAACCUUAGCGCUAAAUUGCCUGCUUACAUGGAAACAUAAAGGCAUCAUUGCUUAUGAAGAAAACCUCAAAAACUUUGUUGAUGAAUCAAAGUUUCGGGAUGAGUUGUCAACAUUCUCUUUGAGCAGGGAAAAUGGAUCUAUUGGAUUUGAACACCGAGACGAAGUGAUGCCUAUUAUCAUACGCAUCUUAUACGGCC